AUGUGGACAACCAACUCCGGCCUCCGGGGCAAAAAGCUCCGCUGGGCCAUCACCUUCACCUGCGUCGUGGGUUUCUCCUUGUUCGGUUAUGACCAGGGUCUGAUGUCCGGUAUUCUGCAAGGUACAUCCUUCGUCGGCGAAUUCCCUGUCCUCGAUAAAAACCUUCCUGGCAACGAUGGGGCACAUGUCUCCGUCCUACAAGGCGCUGUCAACUCCUGCUACGAACUGGGCUGUUUCUUCGGUGCUAUCUUCACUCUCUGCUUCGGUCAGCGCACUGGCCGUACCCCUUUGUUAGUCACUGGUGGUGCUCUUAUGGUGGUCGGUACUGUCCUCUCGACUGCUGCCUUUGGCGAGUCCUGGGGUCUGGGUCAAUUCGUGAUCGGUCGUGUGAUCUCCGGCCUUGGAAACGGUAUGGAUACCGCCACUAUCCCCGUCUGGCAGUCUGAGUGUUCUAAGGCACACAACCGUGGUUUUCUCGUUUGCUUCGAGGGUGCUAUUAUUGCUGUUGGCACGUUUAUUGCCUACUGGGUCGAUUUCGGGUUUUCCUACACCGAAUCUUCAGUCCAAUGGCGAUUCCCUGUCGCCUUCCAGAUCCUAUUCGCUAUCUUAGUUAUUAUCGGCGCUCUUAUGCUACCCGAGUCCCCCCGUUGGUUUAUCAUGCAGGGCAUGGAUAACGAGGCUCUCCAGGUUAUGGCACAGCUUAAUGAUAGCACCGAGAAUGCAGAGGAUGUCCUUCGCGAUUUUAACCUGAUGAAGGCCGACAUGAAAGCCACCGAGGCCCAGGAAUCCAAAUCCAGCGGUAGCUGGAAGACUAUCUUCACCUUCGGCAAAACACAAGAGUUCCAGCGUAUGAUAAUAGGUUGCUCCGGCCAGUUCUUCCAGCAAUUCACUGGUUGUAACGCAGCUAUCUAUUAUUCUACCCUCCUUUUCGAGAAUAACCUUCACAUGGAACACAAGAUGGCUAUGAUUGUCGGUGGGGUUUUCUCUACUGUCUACGCCCUUGCUACCAUUCCUUCCUUCGUUAUGGUUGAGAGGGUUGGUCGUCGUAACCUGUUCCUAAUUGGCUUCCUCGGUCAAGGUCUUUCUUUUAUUAUAACUAUGGGUUGCUUGAUUGAUGAAACCACCGAGAACGCUAAGGGUGCCGCCGUCGGUAUCUUCCUAUUUAUCUGCUUCUUCGCCUUCACUACGCUACCUCUGCCUUGGAUCUACCCUCCCGAGAUCAAUCCUCUUCGCACACGUACUAUAGCUGCUUCCGCUUCUACUUGCACCAACUGGAUUAACAACUUCGCCGUUGUGAUGUUCACCCCCGUCUUCUCUAAUCAGAGCUCCUGGGGUCUCUAUCUGUUCUUCGCCUUGGUCAACUUCUCCGCUAUUCCCUUCGCCUACUUCUUCUACGUUGAGACUGCCGGUCGUGACUUGGAAGAGGUUGACGUCAUCUUCGCCAAGGCCCACAUUGAAAAGAAGUGGCCUUUCCAGAUUGCCCAGCAGCUGCCUAAACUCACUAUUGAGCAGAUCGGCCAGAUGCAGGUCGAGCUUGGCUUGACUACCACCGACCACCAUGCCAGUGAGUCCGAGAAGGUAGAGAUGGCUACUAGCAGCGGCGAGCACGAGGAUAAGCAUGCUUCAGAUUAG